AUGUCGAUCAAAAACAUCCCCAACGAAGUCUUGGACAACAUCCUGUCGCUCGUCUACUGGGGAAGCCGCAGGCGCGAUUUCCUAAAACUGCGACUUCGUGCUACCCAGCAGGAGCUGGCGUGGGUUGCCUCCGAGCCCAGCCACUUUGACCUCUGGUGUAGUGGUCGCAGGACUCAUUGGCGGCGGGGUACUGAGUGGAUGCUGGCUACAAAGGCUAGAGUUCAUUUUCUGGAUGCCCAGGGCCCAUUUGCUUUUCUGCGUGACGCUGUUGAGUAUCUACUCGAGAGCAGAGUGGCGCCGGAGCUUGCUGUGGACAAAAUCAUUGCUGCAGCCAGCCGGGCCAUCGUUGCGCUUCAUGAGCCCUCCUGGGUUGUCGAACAUCUCGUCACUUGGCAGCCUGGCAAGAGUCUCCCGCCACCCAUAUCGUAUCUGGAAACCUACGCCUGUAUGCAUGGCAAUGCGAGUUCGCAGACCAGCUCUCAGAGUCCAGAAGCGUUCUGUGGCAUGUUGCACCUUAUGCUGGCCUGUGGGAGCGAAGUCGCGACCAAGAUUGAUUCUGUUAUCAAUGGCAGUGCUUCCCUCAACACGACAGGGUCAAUUUCUUCCCAUCCACUAUUUAGAGAUCUCAUGCGUACGGCUAUAGAUUUGGAAGAGAAUGUGGGAUUGCAGGCCUUGCUGAAGCAUGUUGAUCUAGAUGCUAUCGUCGACGGCAAAGGGAGCAACGCCCUGCUCUACGCUGCCGAAACGGACCGAAAGAACGCAGUACGUCUCCUCUUACACGUUUCGACUGGUGCACAGAUAAAUGCUCGGGGCAGCUUUGGUCUCACCACGCUGGGUUGGGCCGCCCGCAGAGGGUGGACGGAUAUUGUUCAGCUCUUGCUCCAGAGCGAUGAUAUCAAUGCCGACAUUGGGAAUCAUGAGGGAGAAACACCCCUAGCCGAAGCAGCAAAAAUGAACUACCACGAUAUCGCGCAGCUGCUCAUGGCCAAGACAAGCGUAAUACUUGGAUCAGAAAAGUCCUGCCCGCUAAGGGUAGCCUUUGAUCAUUGUGCUUUCAGUGUUUUGCGUCUCUUCUUAGACCAAUUUGGGGGCGAGAUCGAUAUAAAUCAGGAAAUUUCCCGCGGCCACACGCCGCUCACUUUAGCAGCCCAACGGGGUGUCGCAGAGACCGUUCAAAUGCUACUUGAAGUCCCUGGUGUCAAACCAGAGCUCCCAGAUAAAUAUAACCGACUUACACCCCUAGCGUGGGCAGUCUGGAAGGGCAAUCUACACGCUGCCCGGCAUUUGGUGAAUCUAGACAUUGAUAUCACGAGAGGAGUCAACGGCCAGCUCCCUGCCGUGCUGGCUAUGGAUCAAGGAGAUCUGAGUAUAGUUGAUCUCCUAAUCCACAAGACUCUUGAUACAUAUCACCCUCGCUGCACCGAGCUAAUGUUCUGGCCUAACAGUUUUCAGAACCGCAUAUUGGCUAUACAGCAUCUUGGGGAAAACGCGCAGUUUCGAAAAGACCAUGCACAUGAGUUCGAGAGAGUUUUAAAGGAUGCUGCCGGGAGGAUGAUAGCUUCUCUUGCUCAAGAAGUUCCACAACACAAAGAAGUAGACACAAGCUGUGCUUCGAAACAUGAUGUGUGGGAAUUGUGGAACGCGAUCAGGGACCGUUCAUGUGAGAAUGUAAAGUUCCAGCUUGCUCGAAAUGAUCUCGAUAUAAAUGCACGUCAUCGUGAUGGGUCGACGGCUUUGAUGGAUGUUGUGAGUAGAGCAGACAUCUCCAGCAUGAAAGCUCUGAUGAAGUAUCCAGGGAUUGAUCUUAAUUUGGAUUCACCUGGCCACGGUUCGCUGGUGGUGAGUUUUUACCCGUCAAGAGAUUUAGGUGACCCUCCUGUAUCAAGAAGGAAACGCUUCAGUGCCUACACGGCCUGGAAUGACCAGGGGGGGGAAAAAGCACCACUCCUAAUCGCAGCUGAAAAAAAGUUGUUUGACUCAUUUGAGUUGCUUUACGACGACCCGAGGACAAACCUAUGUAUUACUGAUCAUUUAGGCAGGACAUGUCUCUGGUACGCCGUACAGAACAGCAAUAAGAGAAUGGUAGAGAAAAUUCUUGAUCACACACCCAGAAUCUGGGAUAUCAUCAACGCUCAAGAUGACGAUGGCAUGGCACCACUUCAUGUCGCUGCGACGGUUGGGAACUUUGAGAUUGCAAGGAUGCUCAUAAGACAUCCCAUCAUUGAUAUCAACACUGUUGACAGGUUUGGUUGGACAGCAUUGCAUAUGGCUUUAGUCUCCGGCUUCAAAAGGCUUCCACGAUUGUUACUCAAGCACCCUGAUAUUGACUUGAGCCUCCAAAUUAAAGAUGGCUGUACUGCAUUUGAUUUACUUAGGCGUUACCGCACCGAUUUGCUCUCAUAG